AGGGCGGCGCGCACACUCCAACACUUCAGUGCGUAAAAGUUGAUCCACACGCGAGAUGCGCGCACACCACGCAGACCACGCGCGUGAAGCCGCUCUUUUUAUCCGAUCUCUCUCAUCAUCGUGUAAAAGAUGCCUCCAUAACACCGCGAUUUUUUAUUAUUAUUCUACAAGAGCUAUAGCAGCACUGGAGUGACUGAAGAGUUUUCUGUCGAUUGACAGACUGAAGGGAAACAUGAUCCGGUUUUAUUAUCGCAUGCUUCUUGUACCUUUUACUCUCUUCACUACUGUUUUACUUCCGACUUCUGGAAAAUCACAGAAUGAAGCUGACAGCAGCGGAGAAGAGUGUCCUGAUAAUAAGAUCAUGACAGUGGAGUACCCAUGUAUCAGAGCAGGAGGAGAGACUGGCACAUGCCUCAGGAGGAAGUGCUGUAAAGGUUUCAGGUUCGUCAUGGGUCAGUGUGUACCAGAAAGUGUAGACGUGUGUGCGGGUUCUCCGUGUGAGCAGCAGUGUAUGGAUAACUUCGGCCGGGUGGUGUGUACGUGUUACAGCGGCUACCGCUUCGACCGGGAAAGACACCGGCAGCACCUCCACCCAUACUGCUUAGAUGUAGAUGAGUGUGAGGAGUCUAACGGGACACUGUGUGAGCAUGUGUGUGAAAACACACCCGGCAGUUUCCGGUGUCGUUGCAGUACUGGAUACACGCUGGCUGCUGACCAGCACUCCUGCAUACCUGCACAUAAAAUCUCUCUCUCCCACUCUGCAGGGAAGUCUGAUACUCAGAUGAGCGCUGGUUCCUGCUCUCUCACCUGUCAGGACAUCAUGAACAUGAGGAACAGCCUACAGCAGCUCAAACUCCGCCUGGGACACACACACUCUACUGGACAGGUGAUCACUCCUGAUUUAGCUAACAGCAGUGAAAAGCCACUUCCUGGUAGAGUCGGGAAAAAUCAUGAUAGCCACACCAUGUACGGUCCUCCAGGAGUGCCUGGACCUCCGGGAUUGCCAGGACCCCCAGGACAGAAAGGAGAACCAGGUUCCAACGGUCUUCCAGGGCCUCAGGGACCCAGGGGUGAUAUGGGCCCUAUGGGUCCGCAGCCGGACCUGGAGCAUGUUAAGAGGGGAAGAAGAGGACCUGUGGGACCACCAGGAGCACCUGGAAGAGAUGGGCUUAAGGGUGAAAACGGUUCUCCUGGCCCCAGAGGACCUCCGGGACCUCCCGGAUCGUUCGACUUCCUCCUCCUGAUGAUGGCAGACAUCCGUCACGACAUCAUCGAGCUGCAAGACAAAGUUUUCGGAAAGAGGACAGACUUCUUACUGGACACGCCCCCAGAGUCCGCGGCAGAGACGGAGUUUAAAGACUCGGGUUCGGGACAGGACGCGGCGGAGACGAUGCUCGGUACGUGACGGCGCGUGAAAACGUGAGAAGACGUAGCAGAGUGAAAAGGACAUCGAUCUGAAGGACAAUUGACUUUUGGACAAAUCACGCAGCCGUUUCUCCUUCAGUGUACAGAGAGCUGUGAGAACCCUGAACAUCGGCAUUGCUCUGGGGCUCGGGUGACGGAGAGAGAGAGAGAGAGAGAGAGAGAGAGAGAGAGAGCAAAUAA